GUCAAUACACGUCAACCGGAGAACAUGAUGCCUCUUUGCGAGUCAACUCGUACUCUCCGUGGCUGAUAGAGGCACCUCCAGCUGAAACAUUAGAGCCGUAUUGUAGCGGAGGACGUGCCGAGUGUGUUUGAGUGUGAACCUGUCAACAAAUGGCCUGCUGCUUCUCCUUCUUGUCGCCGGACUGAGUGUGGCGCUCAGGCCGACACACAUAUCAACUUUGUCUCGGUUUUUUUUUAAUGGACGCGCUUCGAGCGGCGGAGGCAGCGGCAGCAGCAGCAGCAGCGGCGGCGGCGGCGGCGGACAGUUUGUUUGACUUUGCUCCUUAUCUAUAGCUGCUCAAGCAACCAAGCGAGCCCGCGUGUGUGCGAGAAAGAGUGAGCACCCCUCCACCACCACCACCCCUAGCCCCACCACCACCACCACAGUGUGUCCCCCUCUGCUUCGUCUGGCCGCCUCCUCCUCGUCCACAAACAGUCAUAUUUAGACCAGCAUGGUCAUGGCUGACAGUGUCCAGAAACCGCUGAUCCGGGGUCCCGUCCGAGUGGGCUUCUACGACAUCGAGCGCACGUUAGGAAAGGGCAAUUUCGCUGUGGUGAAGCUGGCGCGACACCGUAUUACCAAGACCGAGGUGGCCAUUAAAAUCAUUGAUAAGACCCAACUGGAUGCUGUCAACCUGGAGAAGAUCUACAGAGAAGUUCAGAUCAUGAAGAUGCUUGACCACCCCCACAUCAUCAAACUCUACCAGGUGAUGGAGACGAAGAACAUGCUUUACUUAGUCACGGAGUAUGCCAAGAAUGGGGAGAUUUUUGACUACCUGGCAAAGCACGGCCGCCUCAGUGAGCUGGAGGCCAGGAGGAAGUUCUGGCAGAUCCUGUCGGCAGUGGAGUACUGUCACAACCGCAACAUCGUCCACAGGGAUCUGAAGGCAGAGAAUCUGCUGCUGGAUGGCCACAUGAACAUCAAGAUUGCAGAUUUUGGAUUCGGGAACUUCUUCCAGCCGGGGGAGCCUCUGGCCACAUGGUGCGGCAGCCCACCUUAUGCUGCUCCAGAGGUUUUUGAGGGACAGCAGUAUGAGGGCCCGCAACUCGACAUCUGGAGUAUGGGGGUGGUGCUCUAUGUGCUGGUGUGUGGUGCGUUGCCCUUCGAUGGGCCCACUCUCCCUGUGCUCAGACAGAGAGUCCUGGAAGGAAGGUUUCGAAUCCCCUACUUCAUGACUGAGGACUGUGAGCACCUGAUACGCAGGAUGUUGGUCCUGGACCCAUCAAAGCGUCUGUCUGUGGCCCAGAUUAAGGAGCACAAGUGGAUGGCUCUGGAUGUUCCGGUACAGAGGCCUGUCCUGUACCAACAGCCACUGCCCGCUGAGGCUCAGGCGGCUGUAGGAGAAUACAGCGAGCAGGUCCUCCGCCUGAUGCACAGCCUCGGCAUCGACCAACACAAGACUAUAGAGUCUCUGCAGAACAAAAGCUACAACCACUUUGCUGCAAUCUACUACCUGCUGGUGGAGCGACUCAAGGCCCAUCGAUGCAGCUUCCCCGUUGAACAGAGACUCGAUGCCCGCCAGCGCCGGCCAAGCACCAUCGCUGAGCAGACUGUCGUCAAGUCAACCAGCGGAUCAGCCCAGGUGGGUUUGCUCCCGCAGGGUGUUCGUCUGUUGCGCUCCCCCGCUGUGCCCCAAGCCUCCUCUGAAGCUUUCACUUUCCCCCAGACUGCCUCUCCCCUCGAGCAGAAUUUCAUGGUGGAGGAUGUUAACACACCCAAAGUGAAUGGCUGCAUGCUGGACCCCCUGCCUCCCACCACUGUCCUCCACAAGUCCUCCACCUCGUCGCCUAGCAACAUGAUGGAGACAUCCAUUGAUGAAGGCAUCGAGACUGAGGAGCCUGAUACAGAUGAUGAUCCAGCCCACUUGCUCUCGGCCUAUCAAACGGCACGGUUUGGCCAGCGGCGACACACCCUCUCUGAGGUCACUAAUCAGCCAAACCAAGGCAAGUUAUUCACUCUAGGCCACAACCCCUCCAUGGGGAGUGUGGACUCGGACAUCGGCUAUGACAUGGGCUCCAUGCACAGUGACCUUGGUCUCCUGGAAGAUCCGCCCUCUCUCAGUGAAGUGGUACAGGCCAACAGCUCUGCUACGCCUUUCUUAAACACUCGGCCUCCCAACCCUGCAAUGGCCGCCCUGACUUCCCAGCACCGGGAGACGCAUAACCGCUCCCCUAUCAGCUUCAGAGAAGGACGCCGUGCCUCGGACACCUCCCUCACCCAAGGUCUGGUUGCAUUUCGUCAGCAUCUCCAGAACUUGGCGAGGACCAAAGGCAUCCUGGAGCUGAACAAAGUACAGAUGCUAGUGGAGCAGAUAGGCUCCGGGGAGGGAGCCGUCAUGGGCCCCCUGGGACCACAGCACCACUUGCACAACCUGAUGGAGGGUGAGGCAUCCAAGCAGCAGGAGGGUCUAGCUUUAUACCAAGGCGCUCCACAGCCGCCUCUGCUGUCACGAAGACAGAGUUUGGAGACACAAUACCUCACUCAUAGAUUACAGGCCAGCGUCUUAGCCAACAGUCCUGCUAGCUGCCAACUUUUCUGUAAGGAGACUCCACGAAGUUUAGAGCAACAGCUGCAGGAGCACAGACUGAACCAGAAGAGGAUGUACCUGCAGCAGUCACAGGGCUUGGGGCUGCAGACCUACUUCAACCAGAUGCAAAUAGCUGAAGGCUCGUACCCGACAGGCAGCCCUCCCCUGGACCACACUAUUCCUCAGAGCUCCCCUCAGUCCCCAGCGAUGUCGGGUGCCCUUCAGCCGCAGCCCCAGCAGCAGGGCAGCACUCAGGCCUCGCCUCCUUUCAGCCACCCCCAUAGCUUAAGCCCCCUGAUGGAACCCGGCGAAGGCCUGGUUUAUGAUCCAUACAUGAGCCAUCACCACUACACCCAGCAGCUGCCCUCUGCGUCUCACCUCCACCACCAUCUCCAACAUCCCCAAACUCAUGAAGCUUCUCCCGGUAGCUUGGGCUUCGUCUACGCUGCAGGCUGUGAGCAGCCGGCGGUCGGCCCUUCUGCUAUGGCUCUUCACCCAGAUAUCUAUGAGUUUCCAGUGGACCCCAUUGUGAUGGUCCCUGCUGCUCCAGGAGAGGCUGAAGCUGGGUUUGUGGCUAGAGGAUUAGCUGGUCCGGGGGAGUCAGACGGGCUGAACCUGCCCGAGCUGCAGAGCUCCCUCCUGGACAGUGAGAUGAUGGAGACAGUGGACUCCCAGCAUGGCUUUGUACUGGUUAAUUAAGCCAGCUGAGGGGGUUGAUACGAAGCGGUAUUAAACAAUGAGAACCUACCUAGCAUUAAAAGCAGGGAGAAUGGAGAUAUAAGUGGAGGCCGUAAGCGUAGCAACAGGGAAGGAGAAGUGUUCAUUUUUGUAUGACUAAUACAAACUUAAUUUCUUAGUUUUGUCAAACCUCAGACAACAUUUCUACCCUCCCUUUGCCUACCUCCCUUUCUCCUUCUCCUCCUGUUCAUGUUCUCAUCAGCUCUGUGAGGCAGGAACAGGUCCCAUACACGCAGAACUCGCCAUGCUGACUUGGCGAGGCUGCUGUCGUCACCUGUGAGGACUGAGCCGUGCGAUGCCGGGGGAAGGGGGAACGCUGCCAGACUGCGUGCAGCGUUUCACUUACAAAUGGUUUAAAGUUAACUGAGUUGGGGUUGACUGAGUGGCAACCAAAAGCACAAUGGCUGACAGUGCUUUGUUUGUAUUUAAAAUAGGACACCAUCGUCGCAUCUCAAAACACUUUUCUGCUUCUUUUUUUAAUGUCGUUAGAUUAAAAAAAAAAAAAAAAAAAAACACAAACAAAAAAACAAGUGAACUAGAAUAAUUAAAAAAAAAAUGCCCUCAUUUAUCACGGUACCAUGAUCAUCACCACAAAUUCAAAUAUUAAAUGUCAGUUUUUUGGAAAUCAUUUUACAAAGGCUAAUAUAACGACCACGCCGAGGUCUCAGCACUAACAUUUAUCGUUAUUCCUCAACAGAAAAAAAAAAGGUAACUUUGUUUGUUAUUUGCCUCAAGUACAUGCUGAGUGAAGCACUAGGUCAGUGAAUAAUGCACCAUUUAGCUUCUGCUACAUUUGUGCUCUUUACAGUGAUAAACUCGCUUUUUUUCAGUUAACUGACUCAUGAAAAAAAGGAAAUAGAUUUAUAUGCAGGCUUUUGUGGAGACUCUGUGACAUUACAGUCAAUUAUACACUUUUGUUUGUUUGUUUCCUUCAUGGUUUUAUGUAACUUGUAACUACUGAUCCUGAUUUAUUUCUUUACACUACUGAACUGCGCCACCUUUUUCCAUCCAGGUUCACUGCACACACACACACACACACAGUAAGAUGAGAAUCAUCUGCCUGCUCAUGUCACUUUCACCAGGUGAAUCGUGGCUCAUGUGUGCGCCUGAUAAAUGAGGGCUGACAUAGUUGUCGUGUGUUCGGUCGAGACGUUGCGGUGUUAGACAAGUGAAUAUUUCUGUGGCAAUACUGAAGCAAUAUUAAUCCUUAAACGUUUGAAAGGAUUAUGAACGGACGCCUCACCUGCACAGCCAGUUCCAAUUGGUUCCCGGGGACCUCAAAGACGUCAGCAGUGACAUCAUUUGAGCUGAUGAUGUAACCAGGAGAUAAUCUCUCUCUCUCUCACACUCUCUCGCUUGUCCGGGGACAUGCAGGGAUAAGCCUGGACAGUCGUAUGAAUGUGUGUGUGUGUGUUUGGAUGUGAUUAUAUUUGUUUUGCACAAUUCAGACACAAUUUCCUCUUCAUCCGUCACUUCUAAAACACUGUAUCCUGACACUUUUCCUUUAAAAACAGCACAAACUGCUCUUUUUUUCUUCUUCUUCUCUCACUGCACACUUGUAGCUUCUGGAUUAAUUCUGACUCCUUGACACGCUCCCUUGUAUUGUUUUAAUGAUAUUUCUAAUAAUAAUGGAACGACUCUAUGAAGAUACACUGCGGUAGAUAAAGGUUGAAUGAAAGAAAGAAUGUUUCCUCUCUGCUGUAAGACAAAAGACAUCAUCAGUGACCCAACACUGGAUUCUGACGAGUGGCUCACACGCCCGCUAUGUGACAAGACAGACGGCAAGCCAGCAAUGAGAUGUUUGUAAGAGUGUACGCCUUCUCCUGCACACCAUGUUGAUUUAGAAACAGUGGGAAAGGUCAGAGGGCAAAGAUGAGAUUAUUGGACUGUGAACAUCUGCCAGAGGUCAGGGGUUAAAUUGCAGGAGUCGCACAAAGCAGUCUGUAGACGCUGCACUGGACAGGAUAACUUGAGAGUUCACAGUCAGGCUCAUGAGUACAGGCGUGUGUGUGGAUGAAGUGUCAUUAUAUACAGUAGUAAACAGUCUUUCAUGAUGGUUUUAAAAAUAGGGACCAACUGUGAUUGCAGUCCUGUGCAAGACAAAGAGGACAAAUCCACCCUGAAAGGCUUCUAACACUGUCCCAACAGAGAAGGAAAGUUACUAUUCAUUCACUUUUGUUGUCAUUAGUUAUGUUUUUCUCGUUUUUUUUGUUUUGUUUUUGUUUUUAAUGUAGUAUAUAUAUCAAUGUCUCAGGGCCCAAGACGACAUGUUUAGAUUUCCUCUGAGCAGCAGCAGCAGUUUGAAACACUUUCCGUUUAAGAUGAAGAAAAAACAAAACAGGCACUUUUUGCAUUAAAAUUUGAAAACCAUCAGUCACUCCUCUUGUCAGAGGAAAAGCCUCGUCAGUCAGCGUGCAGCUCUGACAUUUAUCAGUCACGGAAAAUGAUAAACCACAGAAACAAUGUGACAAAUGUGGUCUGUGCAGCCACGAGACCUGUUACGUAACACUGUGUCUCGUGGCUGCAUGUAUAUCUCCACCCUGAAACCUACAAACUCGUAGGGUAGCUGGAUGUUUGUCUGCUCACAGGAAUAUGCUCACACCCAGCACUCUGUGGGUCAAACAGAAGUUACAGAUCGUCAGGUACCGCGUAAAUACACCGUGGUGUGAGAGAAUCAAAAGGGUGGAUUUCGCCUUUUUUUUUUUCCUUUUUUUUCUUCUUUUUUUUUUUUAGUGAAUUUUUUUGAUGAUUGUUUUCGUUCAUCUCGUCAGCGGUGAGGCUAGAGCGGUGACAGGAUGAUCGGUGGAAGUUGAAUACUGGAGCACUUUGACAAACAAGGGGAAGAUGAGAUGUAGCGAGAGAGGAGGAGGUGACUGUGGUGGAGAUGGGGAAAGGUUUGUGUUGCACUGCUGUUUCCUGGCAGAUGAAAUGAACCACGAUCUGUAGGAAACACCUUUCUCCUCCUCUUCCCCACCAAUAAUGGACACAAAAGGAAUUUCUUUCAAAGAAAGACCAGACAUAGUAACACUUGAUCUGAUUGUUUUGAUUUUAAUCCAAGAUGGAGAAACACCUCUCCGUCGCCGAUGAGUGUUCUUUGUACAAAUUAGGGAUGUAGUGAAUCUUACGUGCACAGAAUUUUGUGUUGAAAGUGUUCAGUGUGCCUUUUACUUUUGGUAUUUUCAAUCUAAGAUUUUAAAUAGAACCAUCAUUUCUGGUUUGACCCUUGUAUCGUUUGUUUUAUUAUGAUUAUUUCUUCCUUUUCUGUAUUUGUUUUUCUUUCCUGAAAGUAGGUAGAGCCAGGUUUUACAAAGGUACAAAACCAAAGUCCCUCAGAAGUUUCCCUGUACGACCCACCAUGUGGAGUUUUGGAGCUUCUUCUUGUCAGCUUCUCUACUGUGCUUUUUUUUUUCUUGUUGGUCAAUGAGUGUACGCCAUUUAAAAGUAUUAUAGCAAUAUUUCUCUAGUUGAAGACUUAAGUCAUGAAGAAUCUAGUGGACGUGUUUCAUAAGUAUCAUAAUUUCACCUCCUGCUGAUAAAACAUUGAUCUAUCAAUAGAAAUCCAGUUUUAUAUUUACCUUCAUUGAUGUUGACCACACAUAAGCUAACUUGCUGUUGAGAUUAAAAAAGGUUUAUUGAA